UUUUUUAGAACAAAAUCCCAUUCCAACUCCCAUUUGCUAAACAACCCCAACGAAAUUACAAGGAAGACAGACAAAUAAAUUGCCUCGCACCAUUCCUUGAUCCAAAUUCCAACCUAAUCAUCAUCGCACAAAAUGUUUCAUUAUUUAUCCUCCCAAGUUCCAUUGCUUUUCCCCCAAGAAAAUCAGGCAAACAUUUGGGAUAAAGAGUCAUAGAGAUUAUUUUCGCUGCUUAUUGUUAUCUUUCUCUUAGACAAAAGGUCGUACACUUGCCGUGUUUGUAGUAACAAACUAAUGGUUCUUCCUCUUUUGAAGCUUGGGACUCUUGCGUUGAGGACUCUCAGUAAACCCAUUGCUAGCCGUCUCAAAAAACAAGCUGGGUUGCACCCUAAAUUUCGCGAAUUCAUCAUUAGCAUUGCUCAGGUAAAUCACAAAUUUACAACUACGGUGCAAAGGAGAAUUUAUGGUCAUGCUACAAAUGUUGAAAUUCGCCCACUAAAUGAGGAGAGAGCUAUUCAGGCUGCUUCAGAUCUUUUGGGUGAGAUGUUUGUUUUCAUGGUUGCAGGAGCUGCUGUGAUAUUUGAGGUGCAAAGAAGCGCAAAAUCUGAAGCUAAAAAGGAGGAGAAACGGAAGCAAGAGAUGGAGACAUUUAAUCAAAGCCACGAAGCUUUGUUGAAAGAAGUGGCACAACUUAAGGAAAAAAUGAAAGAGCUUGAGAAACUAGCGCAGGAACAAGGCGUCACUGGCCUAUUUAACUUUAAAGUCGGUCAAUCGAGAACUGAAAAGUCUGCACCAGCUGCUUGAACAGACUAGUAGUUCAUCUCUUGGCUCCAUUCACUCAUAACCUCUUAAUCCCCGGUUUAGCUUUAUUCAAUUAUACUUUUUGAGGAAUUAAUACCCCAUAUUCUCAGUAUAUGUUUUUUUAGGAGCUCAUUGUUUCCAAUCGAUUAUUGACUGCCACCGUUGUGUGCAGAUCACAUACAGUCUCAUUUUGUACGAUACUAAUUGUGUAAAUCAAAAUUGAAUCGAAAUAGUCAAUAAUAUUGCUUGCAGUUCUACGAA